AUGGGAGCCAAUGAUACCAGCAUGGUACCCGAGUUCCUCAUCAUUGGGAUCUCUAAUUAUCCUGAGUGGCGAGUUACCUUCUUUACACUGGUGCUCCUUACCUACCUGACCACCCUUCUCGGGAACAGUCUCAUCAUUGUCCUCAUCCACUUGGACUCCCAUCUCCAUACCCCCAUGUACUUCUUUCUUGGCAACUUGUCUUUUCUUGACCUCUGCUAUGCGACAGCCUCAAUGCCCCAAACUUUAGUGCAUUGCUUCUCUGCCCAUCCCCUGCUCCCUUACCCACGCUGCUUUGCCCAAAUGAGUAUCUCCCUCUUUCUGGCCACAGCAGAAUGCCUCUUGCUGGCUGUCAUGGCCUAUGAUCGCAUGGUGGCCAUUGGUGACCCCCUGAGGUAUACGCUAGUCAUGAGCAGACCAGUAUGUGUCUGGCUGGCCACUUUCUCAUGGGGGGCAUCCCUUGCACUCACCAUCAUGCUUAUCUCUUCCUUGCACCUCCGUUUCUGUGGUGCCAGUGUCCUCAACCACUUUGUCUGUGAAAUUCUCUCCCUGAUCAAGUUGGCCUGCUCUAACACACGCCUCAAUGAGCUAAUGAUUUUGACCACCAGUUUCUUUACCCUGCUCUUACCCUUUUUGUUCAUCCUCCUCUCCUAUGCUCGCAUUGCUAUUGCUGUCCUGAGGAUCCAGUCAGCUCAGGGCCGCUUCAAGGCUGUCUCUACCUGUGGCUCCCAUUUGGCUGUGGUGACCAUCUUCUAUGGGGCAGCCAUUUCCAUGUAUAUGAAGCCUCAAUCCAAAUCUUCUUCCAACCAAGAUAAGUUCAUUUCAGUGUUUUAUGGUGCCUUGACACCCAUGCUGAACCCUCUCAUAUACAGCCUGAGAAAUAAAGAUGUGAAAGGGGCAAUCAAGAAAGUGAUGAGCAAAAAAACAUAG